AUGGACAGCAUCGACAAGGAAUGCGAUCUGCUCGUCGAACAUCUUCAUGACUCUACGUGGAAGGCUCAAAGUCUAAAACCACCAAGAGACCUAUCUGCGAGAACUCUAGAGCUGAUACGUCAACGUGGAGCUGCACGAGCCACAGUUAACCGAGGACUCACGUCCGAGCUCACAAGGUUUUGCAUAGAAGCGAUAAAAGAAUACCUCGAAAAGAGAAGAGCAGAAGUGUUGGCUGAAGCUGCAAAAGCGAGGAAAAACUAG